UGUGUGGAACAUAUCAUUGGCUACGGAGUGUCUAAAGAUGGUCCUAAGACCCCAGCGUGAAAUGGCUCGUCGAUCGACGUCGAAUCGACGUCGUUUCGACGAAUCAUUUCUCACUGGGACGGUCUUGAAUAUAAGAUUUGUAAACGCCGUCCUAGAUUGCGGAGUUUUUCGAUUCCCGAUCUGCGGGGCCACGGGUUGCGCGUUUGAGGUUUCUUUUACGCUUCGCUGUUCCAAAUUACGCUUCCUACACAUUUCGUUUACGCUUGUGUCACUCUUCCCUUACGUUCGAUUUACGCUCCAAUUUUUAUUUUCAUCAGGGUCAACGUAUAAUUUUACGUACAAAUAUCUAUCAACUCACGUACAAAAAUGGACAACGCAAGCAAAAUUCUAUCCAAGUGCGUCAUAAUGCCAGAUGUUUGCGCGCAAAAUGUCUUCUGGGUUUUCUCCAUGUAGACAAUGUUAAUUUUACAAAUUAUACGUCAGAAUGCGUAGCGCAGACACCGGAGUGGAAAUUUUAUCAGAAAAUGCGUAAUGAAAUAGUCCCGAAAGAGUAAAAAUGGACGUAAGAGCGCGCAAAACAGUCUCUCGAAACGAUACCGAGUAAAACGCCGGCGUGGCCGCUCUUCAGGUUUCUCUCUGCAGUUACCGAGAACAGAUCUAGGGUAUUGCGUUCCGAAAUGCCGACAGCACUGGACAUCUACAGUGCGCAUGACGCGAACUGUAGCGCCUGCAGUGUAUCGUACGCGCGUGGAAUCAGAUGAUGAUGAUGAUGGUGUGAUACUUUGACAACCGCAGCGCACGCUUGUCGUGUUACUCCGGUUUUAACGCGGGCUGAGAACGUCACGGGAAAACGACGGAAAGAUGUCGAGCGUGGACUGGGAGGAGGUCAAGCGACUGGCGGCCGAUUUUCAGAAGGCGCAGCUCAGCUCGACCCUGCAAAAGCUCUCCGAGCGAAAUUGCAUAGAGAUCAUAACGACGCUGGCGGAGAGCAAGUUUCUGGACAUUAUAUUCACCAAUGACGGCAAAGAAUACGUCACGCCCCAGCACCUUGGGAAGGAGGUGAAAGACGAGCUGUACGUUCACGGUGGGAAGGUCAGUUUGACCGACCUGGCGCAAAUCCUCAAUGUCAACCUGUCGCAAGUGACCAGGGCGGUGGCCGAGCUCGAGAGGCACAACAAGGGACUGAAGGUGAUACUGGGGCAACUGAUCGAUAAGAGUUACAUCAGCAAGGUCGCGGAGGAGAUAAACGACAAGCUCGUGCAGCACGGCUGCAUCAACGUGGCCGAGCUAACGCUCACUUACAAUCUGCCGGCCGACUUUUUGCAAUCGGUCGUCGAGAAGCAACUCGGGAGGAUCGUGCACGCCACCCAGGACUCCCAGGAUCUCAAGGUCUUUUACACCGAGAGCUUCAUCGCCAGAAAUAAGGCGAAGAUCAAAGGAGCCUUGUCUGCCGUCACGAAGCCCACGCCGCUGUCCGCGAUAUUGGGGCAGUGCGGCGUGCCGGAAAGAAUAUUCUUCUCAAUUCUGGAUAGUCUGCAAGAGGUGAAACAAGUGCCAGGAGUUGUGACCGGGAAACAGAGUGGAAACAGCAUUUACAUACCUACUAUAUACUCUAAGAGCCAAAAUGAAUGGGUCGAAAACUUUUACAAGCAGAAUGGAUACUUGGAAUAUGACGCCCUUGCGAGACUCGGGAUAUCGGAUCCGUCGGGCUUUGUGAAACGUCACUUUCCGAACGAGAGCAUGGUCUUUCUAAAGUCAGUGGCCGUAGGAACGGUAGUAACGGAUCAAGUCGACGCAAACAUCGAGGAGGUCGUUGCGACCGGUUCCUUCGUUGACCUCUACCCCCUGUUGCCGUCUGUAUUUAGCGACGAAGACGCGGAACUUCUUCUGAAAUUAGCUACGAAGAAGACGAGGGUCCACGUGCAUAUAUUCGCGAAGACAGUUGUGGUCUCCGAGGCAUUUUUACAGACCUUAGCCAAGUCUCUAGAAACCGUAGCGGAGCAAAAGGCACAGGACAUGGUAGCCAGCGGGAAGUGGAUCCAGUCUGUCGCCGAAAAUAAAUUGAAAUCUAAAUCCGCGGAUCUGAUAAUCGACGGUAAAAUGAGCAAAAAGGAGGAACGAAGGAAAAAGGCAGCGGCUGGUAAAGCGGGCGGCGGUAACCAAGGUAGAGAAACCAAGACGAAGUCCACGAAGAAGAAGUAUCUUCAGGGAAAGGCGCAGGAAAAUGACUCGGACGAGGACGACGACGCGAGGCAGACGACGGUCGGAAGAGGCGAGAUUACGUUGAUAUCCGUGGAAGACGUGAGAGCGGAAGUUAUGAAGGACGAGAACGUGUCCGUUAUCGAGGAGAUGGCGGACGAGUUGGCGUGCUACUUGCAACCGAAACUGAACAAGUCCGCGUUGUCACUGGCGGAGCAGUUGGCGCAAUGUAACAGGACCACGAACCUAAGCGAGAUCGGUGAACGCCUGAAUAUUCUAAUAACGAACAUCCGAGUAUUCGACAAGGGUAUCAAACAUCUGGACAAGGCGGAUCAAGUCGCGCUGACCAAAUACCUGCUCAAGUCUCUAGGGAUCGAUUUCGUAACGAGUAUAUUCAAACUGGCCGCUCAGCAGAAUAUGCUGCAAGUAGCGGAAAAUCUCACGACGGAGACGAGGCAAAGACUGCUGCUCGAGUUGCCCGCGGAUGUCGGGGAGCCGUUGACCGCCAUCCAUAAGACGGUGAUGGGGGACUCGGUGGACGAGUUUCUCAACAGCGUCGACGGAGCGAUGGCGGCCUGCUGUCUGGUCCUGAAGAAGCACGACAAGAAGAAGGAGCGGCCGCAGGUGCACGCUCACAGAGAGGCUCUGCUGGAGGAGCUCAACUCCACGCAAGAUCCCGCGUUGGCGUUGCACCUAGUUACGAGCGUGCUUUUCACCGCUGUCACGCAGAACGCCUUACACAUGUCCGGCCGACACGUAACAACCGUUCUCGCGUUCCUUCGGGAGCAGCUGGAGCCCAAUACAAUGUCGACUCUCACCGGAUACCACGAUUUGGUGCUCAAUUUGCUGAGCGCUUCUACCAGAAACGAAAAAACGGAAGCCUCCUCGGCCUUGGAGGAAGGACUGGUGCACAUAAAAAACAUUGCCAACAAUUUCAAGCAGCACGUGAAAGUGGACAAAUCCUGAAAGGGAUCACACAAACGAUUGUAUAAUACGAACGAUGUAAUAUAGAUCCAUUUUAUGUAAAAGUAUUUGUUAUAUAAUGCCACUUAACAUUGCACUUUAUAAUAAAAUAUACGAUAUGCAUAUUUACAAUUAAGAAAACUCAGACCGUGACCUAAUUUAUAUACACAACUGUGACGCUCUCGCUGCGAUACUUAAAUAAAUGCGUUCGCUUUCCUAAGCGA